AUGCCCACAACGGUGGUUGUUCAGAAUGAGUCCCAACCGACAAUGGUUCUUAGUCAGCCACCCUCAAACAUUGUAGUCAAGAAUAAUCCGCCGACAUCCGUUUUUGUGAAGCAGUCCAAUCCUAAUGUAGUGGUGAAGAAUGAAGCGGCGCCAAAUUAUGUGCAGAGUGUCGAGGCGUGUCAGGAGGGCAUGGUGGCAGAUAUGAGCCGCCCCAUGAUGACCACCUUGAACAAAAAUAUUUUAUAA